CCUUUUUUUUUAGUCUAAUUUUGGUUUAACACAAACGCACGACGGCGCCAGGCAGAGAAAGGGGAAGGAGAGAUUGACGCUAGCCUACGCGACGCCGCCUCCCUCUGACCUGUCGCCGGUGGAGACCCAAGCCCUAGCCACCACCGGCGAUAGCCAAGCCUUAGUCACCACCGGCGAUAGCCCAAGCCUUAGUCACCACCGGCGAAAGCCAUUGAGCCGUGUCCCUUCUUCCCUCGCACAACCAUUGACCCGCCUCCCUCCUCCCAUCUCAGGAGUUGAAUGAACCUGUGCUUUCAUUCCGUAAGUCUUCUGUCUUCAGCUGAAAGUUUUCGAAGGCCUCAGACACUGCUUCCACCUGUAUGUAACAUUUGCAUAUAAUUCAUGGUCAUAGAGAAAUAUCCUAACCAUGUAGUGGUGGACCCUUUGUGUCUAUUAGUGAGUUUUUUUUUUUUUUGAGAAACCGCCCCCUGCAAAAGAGGGGGGGAGCUAAGAAUUCAUUAAAAUUUCAUCCAUAUAGGCUACAUUAGAGACAUCAGGGACUUCUUCGAUCCAUGUACAAAAAGGAGAGAAAUUACAUGCAGCUCUUGCUAAGCUAUGAGCUACCUUGUUUCCCUGCCUGCGAGUAUGCCUAAAAACUAAAUGUCUGAAAUGAGAGGAAAGGACCUUGAUGUCAGCAAGAAUGUGACCAAAGCUUGCCGAAGAGAAACUCCCAUUCAUCAUAGCACGGAUGGCUGUGUCUAUUAGAAUGGACGACUUUGACUUCACAAUCGCUCUUUACUAUUGGGGGAAGAUUAGGAAUAAUCCAUAUAGAUACGAAGGAGGGGAGGUAAAGAUAUACGAAGACAAUAAUUCCGAUGAAAUGUCACUUGUCGAGAUAUGAAAUAAGGCCAAAAAUUUUGGGUAUGGUGAAAAUGAUGUAUUUAUGUACAGAGUGCCUACUAUGCCAUUUGCAGGUGGUUUAAAACCUUUGGAGAAUGAUGUUGAUGUAAUGAACAUGGUGAAGUGUAUUAGAGGUUAUAAUGAAGUGGAAGUGUAUGUUAUAUUCUUAGAUGAUUAUGAGAAUGCUAUUGGUAAUAAGGGAGAUAAGGGAGGUGGUGAUAACGAGGAUAAUUUUAAUAAGGGAGACAAAGUAGAUGGGGCUGUUAGUGAAGAGGAUAGUGCUCAUAGGGUUCAUUUUGGAUGCAGUGAAAGUGAUGAUGAUGAUAUGUUUGCACAGUAUAUUAGCAGUGAUGAAAUAGCCUCCAAAGUAAAAGGCUUACCUGAUGAGACCUUGUGUCUUAGAAAAGAAAAGCAGGUGAAACUCAAAGAGGGGAGAAAGGGAAAGGCUAGUGCAUGUGGGGUUAGUCCUAGUAGGGUUGAUGGUAGUGGGGUUGAUCCUAAUGGUGUUGGCCAAAGUGAGGCUGGUGCAAGUGGUGUUGGUCCUACUGGAUUGAACUUUGCUUUAAUCAACAAAUUUGGGGUUUUACACGUUGUACCUCUAUUUUAG